AUGAGGACAUCCCACUUCAAAAUAAAGCUCUGCAACGGGGGCUCGGUCACCGACCUGGUGCAGGGCCUCAAGCAGCGGGGGGCGCGCCUGUCGGACGACCAGAUCGCCUUCAUCCUGCGCGAGACGGUCGAGGCGCUCGUCUACCUGCACGCCAACCACUGCAUGCACCGCGACGUAAAGGGCCACAACAUCCUGCUCACGGAGGAGGGCAACGUCAAGCUGGUCGACUUUGGCGUGUCGUCGCAUCUGCAGGCCACCCUGGGCCGCAGGAACACCUCCGUGGGCACACCCUACUGGAUGGCGCCCGAGGUGAUCGCCUGCGAGCAGCAGCUCGACUCGUCGUACGACUGCCGCUGCGACGUCUGGUCGGUGGGCAUCACGGCCAUCGAGCUGGCCGAGGGUGAGCCGCCGCUCAGCGACCUGCACCCCAUGCGCGCGCUCUUCCAAAUACCGCGCAACCCGCCGCCCCAGAUCUUGGAAGUUUUCCGGAAAUUUUCCAAUCUAAUGCGCGUUGAAGUGUGCUCUAGAUUUUCAAUCCAAUGA